GUCCACUAUCGUUCCAUAAUCUUUUGUGCUCUCGUGCUCUGUGUUUUCCGUGAAUUGCCGAUAGUUCUCUGAGCUGUCUUAGUCUUACUGCUUAGUGUUGUGGUUUGCUCUCCUAGCUAGGGUUGUCAUAUUGAGAGAUUUUCCCCAAAUAAUAUGGGGAUUUUCCCCCAAAUACGAGAAAUUUUUACUUCCUUUGUGGAAUCUUUGGGGGAUAAAAUGUUUUGAGGGUAAUCAAAUCGUUGGGUAUUUUUGGGAUAUUUUAUUCCGUCUUUCCAAAAUACUAUCAACUGCAAAAUAACAAUUUCAUCUUCUGUACCUAUUUCUUUCCCCAUGACGCCCCCAUCUCCACAAAACAUGUACGUCAACCCAUAUCUACACCUUUAUGUCAGUUGUAGGUUGGUAGACAUCCAUCCAUAAUAGUCAUAGAAUACAGACAAACAGAAUAAUAAGUUGUGAACUGGCCCUGAUUUAGGGCUGUAUCGUCAGUCGUUUCUACAAUUGUAGGAGCCUUUAUAUCAUUCUAGAUUUUCCUCUCCUUCCCCAAAUGGCGAAGUGUCAGCGAAUGCGUAUAUCGUUUUAUGACCAUGGGCAAUCGUGGCUCAAGAAACAAGUUUUUCUCAUAAGCUUGAAAAAUACUCAAUUCGUUGGAAAAAUAUAUUAUUUUUCAUUUUAUACAUUCUUCCCCCCCGUGAUCUUCCAACUAGUCCAGCCUCUAACACUCGCUAUUGAAAUCUGCUGAAUGAAAUAUGAUUUGGGGGAUUUUUUUAAAUAAAGUUGCAAAUCUGGGGGAUUUUUGUCAGUGUUUUGGGGGUAUUCUGUUUGAUCCACCCGGCAACCCUGUUCCUAGCAGAUGUUUGUGUUGUGCUUUACUGCUUUGCCAUUUUCUCUUGAAAGGUCCAUUUUUGAGUAUAUAUUUGUAAAAUCGGCACCCAUACAGUUAUGACGUCCGUAGACUCACCAACGUCGCCAAAAUAUCCACAAACUUCAUCAAUGGUAACAUCUCAAACUCGUCAAAAUGAAAUUGAAAAACGUAAAGCUCUGAUUCUGAGAGAUGGAAGAGGUGACAUCUUGUUUUCAAAACUACAAUGUAAACACUGUGGAAAGUGUUUAUCAGUUAAACCAGUUAGUGAAUCUAACGGUCAGUAUAUCUGCGGCCGAUGUUGCCCUAAGGCAAUACAGUGUUCCUUAUAUGAUGCCAUUGCAGAUCAUCUUUCAUUUCCAUGUAUCUUUGCUGGCUGUACAUCAAUGCUGAAUUGGGGGGAAGUUAAAGAGCAUGAAGACAAUUGCUUCUUUCGUAGCAUCUCAUGCCCUUUACCUAAUUGUACAGAUAGUUAUAGGAUUGACUCUUACAAAGACCAUAUUGAACAAGUUCAUACGCUUCAUAAAAAAUCAUACUCUGGUGAUAAGUUGAAUCCAUUUGACUUGGUUUCUGCUCCACAUGUUAACACACUUUGUAUAUUAUCCGAGCGACUCUUUAUUAUAGUAUUUGUGAAAAUACACGUUUCCGAAGAAGCAGACAGGUGCAUUCUCCAAUUCCGUCCCAUUUUGAUGGGAGGCGAUGCCUUAGAUUUUUUCGACCUUUAUUGUAAAGUUAGCAUUAAUUUAUCUCCAAAUACUACCCUUAUCAAGACCAUUUAUCUUUAUAAUAUUUUGCAUUACGAUAAAGAACGACAUUGCUUAAAGUAUGUGUAUAGUAACAUAACAUGUGGAUGCGAAAUUCUUGAACAUGUAAAAAUGGAUAAUAGUCCAAUGACCAAUAAUUUAGAGUUCAUAACAAAAAAUCAACCAUUCUCAUACACUGUGAAGAUUCACAAGAAAAAAUAUUUGGAAUGUUUUGAGUGCCAUAAUGGUUUCUCAAAUGCAGAAGAAAUAAUAUUAGCAGUAAGAGGUUUUAUGCUAUGUAAAAACUGUACACGAUUUCCAAUAAUUACAGAUUUCUGCAGACUAUAUGAAUUAGAUUGUUUGAAUCAACCUGGAGGAAUUUAAUGAUAUUGAUUCAGUAGAAUAAGACCCAGCAAGAAACAAUAUAUUUAUAAAGAAGACUUUGUUUUAGGCUAGUAAACUUUCGCAAUGUGAAAUGACUGAGAAUGUGGUUAAAUAUUACACUUUCACAAGAAACUGUUAAAUGCGUUAUUUUCCAAAUAAAAUACAAGAUUGAAUGAAUUGUAUAAUUUAUUUUCGCUGAUUAAAUGUCCUUGU